AUUUAGAAGCUGGGAGAGAUCGUGAGAACAAAUGAGAAACUGAAACCGAGAAAAGAGGAGGAGAAAGAGAGAUUUGGUCCCUUGGAGUGUGUGUGAUUUGGAGCUGGAAUCUGUUUUGUAGUAGUAGACAAUGGAGGAAAUAAGAUCUGCGAUGGAGCAACAAAUGGAUCUGAUGGCGGAUCUGGUCCAGAAGCUCUCGGGAGAGCUCCGAACCGGAUUACAACCUGCCUACGCUAAUUUCAUAGGUUUUUUCCACGCCAUCGAUUGGAAGGAACCGUGGAUAAUGGGAUUAAUGGCGUUUCAUGCUCUGUUUCUAAUGGUCACUCUUCUCUCUAGAAGGCAUCUCAACUUCCACAUGUUCCUCUUCUUAUUCGCUUUGGGUGGGGUAUACUUCGCGGAGAGUCUCAACCGGCUCUUGAGGAAAAACUGGAAGAGCUUCUCAACUCAGAACUACUUUGACCCCCACGGAGUCUUCCUCUCGGUUCUUUGGUCUGGACCACUUCUGGUCAUUGCAAUGAUAAUCCUGAUAAACACACUCUUUUCCCUUUGCUACCUGAUUGUAAAAUGGAAAAGAGCUGAGCUCAGGCAUCGUGCAAGGCUUGCUCGUACCAAGCAGGAAUAGAUCCCGAAGCUCUCUCUUAUCAGCAUAUCCUUUGUAUACUCUCACAUUGCAACAAACUGUUUUCUGUUUGGCUCGUGUAUUUCCUUUCGAAUCGAACGAAUCUCAUAGUAAACCAACCAGAUUAUUCUAUUUUUGUUUGUUUAGUUUGAAACUGUUAAGCAAUCAGAUGUAUUUGAAUGAUUAACAAAGGAAUUCCUAAUCAAAUUCACCACAA